AUGCGGGAGAGGAGGUUGACCGACGUGCCGACGCGACGCGGUGCUAUCCGUAGUUCUAGAAGUGAUAGUGGAGUCCUCUCCGGCAAAGGCGGAGUUGGCAAGUCUUCAGUUACCACACAACUUGCCCUCUCCCUCUCCUUGGCUGGCCAUUCAGUUGGUGUUCUCGAUGUCGACCUUACAGGACCCAACAUCCCCCGCAUGUUUUCGGUCGAAGACGCCAAAGUAACACAAGCCCCAGGCGGUUGGCUCCCGGUCCCGGUCCACGAAUCAAACCCUGCCUCCAAUACUGGAUCCUUGCGCGUCAUGAGCCUCGGGUUUCUCCUCCGCGAUCGAGGUGAUGCCGUAGUCUGGAGGGGUCCCAAAAAGACGGCCAUGGUUCGCCAGUUUUUGUCGGAUGUACUUUGGGGAGACCUAGACUUUUUAUUGGUCGACACACCACCCGGUACCAGCGACGAGCACAUAUCCCUAGCCGAGACGCUGCUACAAAAGACUGUCCCGGGUCAACUGGCCGGUGCAGUCGUGGUCACAACGCCACAGGCCGUCGCGACUGCCGACGUUAGAAAAGAGCUCAACUUUUGCAAAAAGACAGCCAUCCCUGUACUGGGCGUGAUAGAAAACAUGAGUGGCUACAUCUGCCCUUGUUGCGGGGAAAAGACAAACAUCUUCAUGUCUGGAGGAGGAGAAGUCAUGGCCAACGACUUUGGAGUCAAGUUCCUGGGAAGGAUACCUAUAGACCCUGUCUUUGUCGAGCUCAUCGAAACCGGUCGGCGUCCAAGAUACCAAGCCCCCGCGAAACCGGACCCUGAGGCAGCAUCCGAAAGCGAAGCCAGGGAUCCAGGACUGCUUGUUGAAAAGUACACCGACAGCAUACUGGCACCCAUAUUCGGAAACAUUGCUGCCGAGCUCAUCAGGGGCGUGUCGAGCGGGUGA